AUGUCUUCGAAUGUCAUUGACGUUCCGCAUUUUCAGGAUAUGGAUCAAGCAAGUUCAUCAGUGUCGGGAGGCUUGGGUCGUUUGCCGAGUGAAGAAGAUGAUGAUGAUUUUUGGAGUGUUCCAGAUAAUGCUGCUGGCAAUGGUUUUGCACCAAUGUCACCGACUGAUCGAUGGCUUGAUACGGUGCAGUUACAAAUUGGUGAUUGCAAAUUGUAUGCUGGCGAAGCUUGUCGAGAAUAUUUGAAUGGUCGAUUCAUUAUGAUUACUAGUGAAAAUCGCGAAGAUGUUUAUGACAUUGAUCGAAAUUUACGAGCUGCAAUGAUGUUCAUAAAUAAUAGUCGAGAAAUUUCGUCGAAAUGUAAGGAAUAUUCUCAUGCAGUUGCUUGCUAUCAUAUGUACAAAAUAUGCGAUCGAAAUACGAAUAUGCAACACGAAAUAUCAACGGGAAUACCGCGAAUAUUGUCGAUUUGCCGAAAAGAUUGCGAAGCCUUACAGCGUUUGGAAAGUGACAACGAAUUCGAUUCGUCUUCGUCUGAAAAAAUUCCUGAUUGGUGUUUUAUUGAAAGUGGUAAGUUAUAUGAAGGACGAGCAUCAUCGACUAAAAGCGGAAAACAAUGCAUGAAUUGGGCACAGAGUACAUCAAGGGAAUUUAAUAUUGAACGUUACCCAAUUUUACGACAGAGUCGAAAUUAUUGUCGUAAUCCAGGUGGUAAAAAAACUAGUCCUUGGUGUUAUUCCCUUCCUCAUGGACAAGAAGAGUACUGCGACAUCGCCCAAUGUCCAAAAAAUAUGUAUCCUCAUCUCCAUCAACGUGAAAUCAUGGGAACGAUAGACGAUUCAGAUUCAUUAAUUGGUGAUAUAAUGGAAGUUUGGACAAGUAUACCACAUCGAUGGCAAGUUGCAAGUCUUUGUGGCAUUACUUUUUUAUCACUUUUAUUUUUGUUAUUUUGUUGUCUUAUUUGUCAACGGCGAAAAAGGAAAGAAACUGGUUUAAGUGCUAAGAAAAAUGUUCAUCUACAAAGUUGUAAUGGAUCAAGCAAUACAAACAGCGCCACAAAUGCUACAUAUUAUCGAAUGGUUAAUGGUACAACACCAGUGAGUCAAGCUACGGGUGGUGGAUUUGAAAUGGCUUUGUUAUCUGGUCAUAAUAAUAAUACUGGAUAUUUGCAACAUCAGACCGCUAAUUAUGCUCAGUAUAGUCCUCGUCCUUCAACUGAGCCACCUAUCGAACCUUAUCAAAUACCUGAAAUUCAAACGAAUCAGUUAGAAAUUGGUGAAUUAAUUGGCGAAAAUCAAUUUGCAGUUAUUCAUGGAGGUAACUGGCUUGGCUCAUUGGUUAGUGGUGAUCCAUUACAGGUGGCGAUAAAGUCAUUAAAACCCGGAUGCAGCGAUAUGAAUAGGCAAAGAUUCGAGGAGGAAAUUCGUACUUUGGCACCGUUCGAUCAUCCAAAUGUGAUUCGAUUACUUGGUGUUUGUUAUUUCGAUUCAAAACAACUGGGUGCAGUAUUUGAAUAUAUGGUUCAUGGCGAUUUACAUGAUUUCCUACGUUUAAGAGCACCAAAAGUUGUUGGAUAUAGUGAACCAACUUUUGAUGCAGAGCGAAUUGCAGCUGAUAACGAAGAUUUCAUUCGAAUUGCUGUACAAAUUGCGUAUGGUUUAGAGUAUCUUGCUAGUUUAAAAUAUAUUCAUCGUGAUGUGGCUGCGCGAAAUUGUCUUGUUGGCGAUCAACGUAUUAUUAAAAUAUCAGAUUUUGGUUUAUUUCGAAGUAAUUACGAUAAGGAUUAUUACAAGUCGAUUCAUCGUGAUUGGAUGCCUAUUCGAUGGAUGUCUAAAGAAGCGAUUCAAUAUGGCCGGUAUAGUGAAGCGAGUGAUGUUUGGGCAUUUGGUGUAACCCUCUGGGAAAUUUAUUCAUAUGGCAAGCAACCAUAUGAAGGCUAUUCAAAUCAAGAAGUUAUUGAAUUAAUUUCAAUGAGGAGUCUAUUAGAAUGUCCAUUAAAUUGUCCAACAAAUAUCUACAGCUUAAUGGUAGAAUGUUGGCAUGAACAUCCAGAAAGACGACCUUGCUUUUCGGAACUUCAUUCGAGGCUGCAAACUUGGUCGCUUACAAGCCCAUCACAAUCUGUUCUUUCACAUCAACAAAAUCGUGCUAACAGCUCACAUUCUGGAUCCAGUGGUGCCAUUAACAGAGGAAGUCGUCAGUCAUCAGUUACGCAGAGUGCUAGUUUAAUGCGUGGUGUCACUGGGACAUCAAUUGGAACUGCACCAAGCUUAAGCAAUACAGCAUUUUCGGUGCCAUCUCCAGCACCAAUGCAAACCGUCAUGACUCUUAAUGGCGUACAUCCCUUUCAUACUCCACAAUCUGGUACUUUUUACAAACUAUAA